AUGGCUGAAGAGAAGGGAGGUCGAUCACCGCCUCGCGGCGGAGGGGAGGGUCAGGAGGCGGAGGAGCCGGCGAAGACCGUCUAUUUCGUCCCCAUAUAUGCGGUCGCCAUAGUAGAUCCCAAUAAGCACGGUUAGUUUCACUUUUUCUUGGUAUAAUCCCUCAGGAGUCUCUCCUCAGAUGCGUUUUUGGGAUUCCGCUUUGAAGUGUGUGGGAAUUUUCCUUUUCUCCCUUCCGUGCUUGUUCCGUAUGUAACAGGCUUUUCGGGUUACCGGAGGAUUUGGAUGGUCCAUUGUAGACAUUGAUCUGCCGCUGUUUCCGGGAUCAUUGGAGACAAAGCUCGUCUAGAAUCACAUCAUCUGAAAGCUUUUGGGACCCCGUGGAGAUAUCACAGAGAACAUCUUAGGGUUUGGCGUUGCGAUUUGUCUUCUUCCGAAUUAGUGAAGGCUUUACAUUCCUCAAACGACGGAAGACCUCCCCAGUCCCUUAAUUGGGAUCUCUUUCCGAAUUAGGGUUUUUCCCAUGUUUCAGUUCUUGACUUCUUGCCAACCCUUUGCUUGUAAAUAGUGAUGUUGUCGAAUUAACUAUAGAUUAUUUUAUGACUAUCCUCUGUUAACCAAUCCCGAAAUGUUUUUUUUCUGAAUUUCAGUAGCAAAAGGUCGUCUAUCACCGGACGACCAGCGACAAGGGAGUGUAUGUAGCAGUGAGAGUGUUGGAGCUAGCCAAUUAGUUUCUCCCCGUAAAGGUAUUAGAGGUAAAGCGACAGAACCUGAAGUCGCUGUUCAGCAGAAGAGGCAGAAGCUUAUUGUAAUGAGGAAAAGGGGUAGAAUCCCAGAGUACGACGAUGAUGAUCCCCACAAGCCUACACCCAAGAGGUGGCCAGUUUUUUUUACGUUGGCUUCUCCUUUUUGAGCAGUUAUUUAUUCUUCCUAUGCUUAAAUAAAAAGAUCUCUCAUGUUAGUUUUUGCUUGGCUCAUGGACUAGGUUGAGGAAUAGAAUGAAGGCUCAGAAAUCGAGGGAUAAAAAGAAGGCUUAUAUGACUGCAUUGGAGAGCAAGGUGAAAGAACUAGGGAAGAUGAACUCAGAACUUGAAGAGAGGUGCCUUGCUCUGCAGAUUGAAAAUGAGUCAAUGAAAAAUGUGAGUACCGUUUCCUUGUAAUCACCUGGGGACUCUUUCACUAGAAGGCACCUCAUGGAGCUUAUAUCAUGAUUCACAAGGGAGAUUUUGAGAUCUCUUUCUGGUGUUUUAUGGAAUUCACUUUUCGACACAGUUAUUAUUUUGGGAAUUUUUUAUGACUUGAGGCAAGAACAAGGUUCGAUUUCUCUCUGAGAUUACGGGUACCUUAUAUAAGUUGGAUAAGUUAUUGAAAAAUUGGUAUUGUUUAAACUUCAAAAGUUACGCAGGUCAUAUAGUUGUCCGUGAACCUUGUCUAAAUAUUGAUAGAAAAAAAUAGUUCUCCUGAAGACAUGCCAUUCAAAAUCGGUGGUCUGUAUUAAAUCUAUACAUUACUAAGAGCCUUUUCACUAUCAACCCAGUAAUGAUCUUAUGGUUGCCAUGCAUCUUUAGGGCUCCCAAAAGCAGGUUAUGUGCAUAUCUUUUUCAAUUGAUUUGACUGUCAUUUAUAGAAACAUAUUAUGAUUUGGUUGUUACCUUUUAUUGACGUUUCAAAUCUGUCACAUUUCAUGCUUGAUUAAAUCUUUCAUCUAAUAUCUCCUGUCGUUGGCUCAGUGUACUAUUUUGUUAACUGAUAAUAGUUUAAUGCUCUCCAAAAGUGUGUCAUUAGAUCUUUGAGUUUGUUUUCUGCUCAAUUUCAUAAUUUUGCAUGUGCCUUCGGUAUUUUGUGAGAGAUUGUGUGUGAACUGGCUGAAAAUGUUAUGGCGCAGAGCAUUGAAAGUUCCUCAGUGAUGCCCCCUUACAACUAUUCCUAAUUUGAGAGCCACGUUAAUAGUUGUGCUCCAUGUGAACUAAGAUAGUUUUGUAGUUUAGGCCGGGAGAGACAGGGUUGGGGUAAGUGGGUAUUCAUUUUUUAUUUUAUUUUUUCCUCAUGGCAAUUUUAUAUUUCGGAUUUGGGCAAUAUCUUCUUCAGGUAACGCAAAAGUCAGACGUAACCAUUUUGUUAAAAACAUUUGUUACGGGGUCAUGUGUACCAUGCUGGCAAAGUUCAAAAUAAAGAGGUUUUUAUUGAAGAUGAUGAGCUUCAGUUGUACUGGAUGUGGGUUAUAAUUCAGUUAUCAGUGUGGUAGAAAAUGAUUCUGCCUUUUCUUCUGGCUCUUUCCUCUCUUUUCCGUCUGAGGAUCUGUCUAAAUUUUACUCUUUCACGGGUUCUUUUAAGUUCUUCCUCCUUGCUCCCCUUUCCUACUUGUGCAAUGGGGAUACCUUUUUCAGCCUCCUGUUUUCAUAAUGGGAGACGGCUGCUCGUAUGCUCUUGGGUAGGGCCACCGGUCAUAAUUCCCAUUUUGCAAGAUUUUGCUGGCCUCCCCAGUUUCGGAAGGGUCAUGGGUGGUUUCAAAGGUCACUGGCAGGUCGCCUUCUGGGAUGGCAGCAGCCUUCCCAUUUCCUCUGGGUUGUUGCCGGCCACCCUCUCCCGGGGAACAGCACCGGUGAUAGCUUCUCGUGUCUAUACUGACCUUGCCCUUGAGAAGACCAGUGAUGGAUGGUUCUAUAAUGAUGGUUACUGCGCUUUUAGGACUGGGGGCAGUGGGUGCUAUUUGUGGCCCAUUCCAUUGUGUGAUGUGCUUAGAUCAACCCCUGCCAUUUUAAAAAAUUAGCCAUGGAAUUCUUUCUUGAGCUUCUCUACACUGAGUCCUAGUAAUUUCUUUUUCUUUCGAUCGUUAUGUUCAUCAUAAAUGGAAUUCAAAAUCUUUUUAUAUUGUCAAGUUGUUCUUUUCUUUGAAAUCGAAGUUUAAAUUUUGAUAUUUAUUUUUUGAAUUGCUAUUUGCAACAAGCUCAUGCUUUUUCUGUCUUUUUCUUUUCUAUCACAAGUUGUUAUGGCUGUGAAGUAUUGUAAGUGUCUGCUUUUCUUCGUUACCAAUCUUUUUAUGCAGUCUGUUCAGUAUUUGACAUUAUAAAUUCCACGAGUUUUACAUAAUUUAUGGCCAGCCAGUAGCCUGAUUCCCUGUCCCAUUUUUAAUGCUCAGUUCCUGAAAUAGCACCACUUGAUAGGUACGUUAGGAAUCAUUAAGGACUGCCAAUCUUCCUAUUCAAUGCAGGUUCUUCCCUGAUGAUAAAACCUCGAUCGUGUAAAGAUGCACAUGAACAAUAAAAAAGGUAAAUUCCAAUGUAAAAAACUGGUAAAAUGUUUUGAGAAAUAAUUACCAGAAGUAAUCAAUAAGGACCAGGAGUAAAAAUAUGUAUGUUUUUGUGCAAAGAGUUCCUGCUCUUAUAAGAUGUUGCUCAAGACCGUUGGCAACUCUUGAAGUUUCUUCCACGUUGUAUGGGCUUAUAUGACGCCAGCAAAAAGGGAGGUUUUUUUCUACAAAGAAAUUCAAUGUCCUGGAUCCUUACAUGGGUGAAAUUACGCUAGAUUUGUUUAUACAAUCACCUUCUUGAGGGUUGACAUCUAGAAACCAUCUUGUCAAGAAGCUUUGACGAUCCUCAGAUCACUUUGUUAGGUCUAGAUGAUCCUAGAUUGAUGGGAUAAGGCUUAUUGUGAUAGUGAGUUGGAUUUGGGAAAUUUCAGACACGCACAAACUGAUUUGUGCUGUUCAUUUUCUAUGAUUUCCCGGUAUUUGUUUGGGUGCUGCCCUAUCAUUUUUACUACCUUACCUAGUACUCUUAUGCUGAUCGAAUAGAUUGUCCUAUGAGUCUAGAUUGACUAAUUGCUUUCGCAUUUGAAUUCCUGGUUUUCCUCUUUAGCUUCCCCGCUUACUCUAAUACAUUAUUUUCUUUGGUGUUGAUAUAGGAAAUUUUGGACGCCGAUCCUGCUGCACAAGAAAAGCUGAUGCGCUGUCAUGACGACAUUCAAAAGGAGAAAGAACAACACGCUCUGGUGAGGUCUGUUGAGAAUCUCGCUAACUUAGUAGGAUCUCCUGAAAAUGAGGAAGGUGGUGGCGCUCCCGGAAAAUAUGUUGAAAUCAGUGAUCACGAGGAUGCUGGAGGGCCUGAGUUCGACGAAGAGGGUAGCUCCAGAACUGCAGUUGACAUUCAAGAAUGUGCCCUGGAAAAGUUUGUGGGUGGUAGUGAUGCAGAAGGGUCUCCUAGCAGGUACAUUGAGGACAAUGGUCAGGAUGAUAUUUCGGGCCAGUAUGCUGAGAGAAUUCCCUCAGGGGGCUGUGUAGGCGUGGUGGCUGCACAAGAGGGCGGUGCGAGGUGGACUGUGGAUGCCUCUCGUUCGUACUUGGAUGAUAGGCUAGAACAGGUAGAAUCUCUUUCAGGGAGAUCACACACGUCUGCAUAGUUACACAUACCGAAGGUGUUAAAUCCAAUUCCUGCGCCUUCUGCUCUGUACAUGUCCAUUGGUGUUGGAAUAUCAUGUGAGGCAGCGGACCCUCUUGGGGUGGGGGGGGGGGGGGAGAAGGGGGCCUUGAAGCCACACUAACUACCAGUCGAAACGUGACCCAGAAGAUCUUACAUGGUUUUCUUUCGUUCGGGGAGAGGAGCUGGCGGAGAAAGGGGUUGGCAGGCGAGGAUAGGCCUCAGAGGGUUCCAUUGCACAGGGCUAUACUGGUCGACUGUAGUGAUACGAUGGCAGAAACCGGCCUUCUCUCCGAUGCCCUGAUCAUUGAGAAGCUUUCCUAACAAGACUUAGUUUUUUGUCAUCGACCAGUUUUAAGCAUUCAGGGUUGGAAUGGAAUUCACUAGUUCAUUGGUUGACUAAUGCGUCAACCUGUCUAUAUUUAUUAUAAUUGAUGAUUCAUCUAAUAUAUUGUAAUCUUUAAUCUUGAAUCCACUCCCAACUUAUUAGCCACCUUAUUAGUCAAGAUGACAAUGGAUUUGAAUCAACUGUUUGCAAAAGGCUGGGUCCAUGGCAUUGUGCCCCAAUAAGUUGUGACUCAAUUUAG